AUGCAGGGGCAUCGACGGCUGGUCGAGUUGGAGCAGGUCACCAAAGCUCCGAAGAUGCAGUGGGUCGAACAUCUGCACUCGCAGGCGGCAGCUGGAGAGUGCACUGGGCUUUUACGUGAUGAUCUGGAGUGGACUCGUCAACACCAUCCCGCUCAGAGAAGAAGACUAGAUGAGAAAACAGAUCAGCUCGAGACAGUUGCCGUGCCUCCAGCAUCAGAACCCGCGACUACUGCCGAAUCCCUAUCUGAGCCCCCCGAUAUGCAGUUAGGGAUGGAUGCUAGACCACCAGCACCCUCAGUGGCAUCUCUUGCAGACUGGCAUGACGAGCCAGCGGAUGAGGAAUUAGAGAGUUAUGCUGAGCCACCACCUGACUCAGUAGAAAGUACUGCACAAUGGCCUGAUGAGCCCUAUAACGAGAAGUUGGAAAGAGAUUCUGAGCCGCCACCAGACUCAGUAGAAAGUACUGCACAAUGGCCUGAUGAGCCCUAUAACGAGAAGUUGGAAAGAGAUUCUGAGCAGCCACCAGACUCAGUAGAAAGUACUGCACAAUGGCCUGAUGAGCCCUAUAACGAGAAGUUGGAAAGAGUUUCUGAGCAGCCACCAGACUCAGUAGAAAGUACUGCACAAUGGCCUGAUGAGGCCUAUAACGAGAAGUUGGAAAGAGAUUCUGAGCCGCCACCAGACUCAGUAGAAAGUACUGCACAAUGGCCUGAUGAGCCCUAUAACGAGAAGUUGGAAAGAGUUUCUGAGCAGCCACUAGACUCAGUAGAAAGUACUGCACAAUGGCCUGAUGAGCCCUAUAACGAGAAGUUGGAAAGACAUUCUGAGCCGCCACCAGACUCAGUAGAAAGUACUGCACAAUGGCCUGAUGAGCCCUAUAACGAGAAGUUGGAAAGAGAUUCUGAGCCGCCACCAGACUCAGUAGAAAGUACUGCACAAUGGCCUGAUGAGCCCUAUAACGAGAAGUUGGAAAGAGAUUCUGAGCCACCACCAGACUCAGUAGAAAGUACUGCACAAUGGCCUGAUGAGCCCUAUAACGAGAAGUUGGGAAGAGUUUCUGAGCAGCCACCAGACUCAGUAGAAAGUACUGCACAAUGGCCUGAUGAGGCCUAUAACGAGAAGUUGGAAAGAGUUUCUGAGCCGCCACCAGACUCAGUAGAAAGUACUGCACAAUGGCCUGAUGAGCCCUAUAACGAGAAGUUGGAAAGAGAUUCUGAGCCGCCACCAGACUCAGUAGAAAGUACUGCACAAUGGCCUGAUGAGCCCUAUAACGAGAAGUUGGAAAGAGUUUCUGAGCAGCCACCAGACUCAGUAGAAAGUACUGCACAAUGGCCUGAUGAGGCCUAUAACGAGAAGUUGGAAAGAGAUUCUGAGCCGCCACCAGACUCAGUAGAAAGUACUGCACAAUGGCCUGAUGAGCCCUAUAACGAGAAGUUGGAAAGAGUUUCUGAGCAGCCACCAGACUCAGUAGAAAGUACUGCACAAUGGCCUGAUGAGGCCUAUAACGAGAAGUUGGAAAGACAUUCUGAGCCGCCACCAGACUCAGUAGAAAGUACUGCACAAUGGCCUGAUGAGCCCUAUUACGAGAAGUUGGAAAGAGAUUCUGAGCCGCCACUAGACUCAGUAGAAAGUACUGCACAAUGGCCUGAUGAGCCCUAUAACGAGAAGUUGGAAAGAGUUUCUGAGCAGCCACUAGACUCAGUAGAAAGUACUGCACAAUGGCCUGAUGAGCCCUAUAACGAGAAGUUGGAAAGACAUUCUGAGCCGCCACCAGACUCAGUAGAAAGUACUGCACAAUGGCCUGAUGAGCCCUAUAACGAGAAGUUGGAAAGAGAUUCUGAGCCGCCACCAGACUCAGUAGAAAGUACUGCACAAUGGCCUGAUGAGCCCUAUAACGAGAAGUUGGAAAGAGAUUCUGAGCCACCACCAGACUCAGUAGAAAGUACUGCACAAUGGCCUGAUGAGCCCUAUAACGAGAAGUUGGGAAGAGUUUCUGAGCAGCCACCAGACUCAGUAGAAAGUACUGCACAAUGGCCUGAUGAGGCCUAUAACGAGAAGUUGGAAAGAGUUUCUGAGCCGCCACCAGACUCAGUAGAAAGUACUGCACAAUGGCCUGAUGAGCCCUAUAACGAGAAGUUGGAAAGAGAUUCUGAGCCGCCACCAGACUCAGUAGAAAGUACUGCACAAUGGCCUGAUGAGCCCUAUAACGAGAAGUUGGAAAGAGAUUCUGAGCCGCCACCAGACUCAGUAGAAAGUACUGCACAAUGGCCUGAUGAGCCCUAUAACGAGAAGUUGGAAAGAGAUUCUGAGCCGCCACCAGACUCAGUAGAAAGUACUGCACAAUGGCCUGAUGAGCCCUAUAACGAGAAGUUGGAAAGAGUUUCUGAGCAGCCACCAGACUCAGUAGAAAGUACUGCACAAUGGCCUGAUGAGGCCUAUAAUGAGAAGUUGGAAAGAGAUUCUGAGCCGCCACCAGACUCAGUAGAAAGUACUGCACAAUGGCCUGAUGAGCCCUAUAACGAGAAGUUGGAAAGAGAUUCUGAGCCGCCACCAGAGUCAGUAGAAAGUACCGCACAAUGGCCUGAUGAGCCCUAUAACGAGAAGUUGGAAAGAGAUUCUGAGCCGCCACCAGACUCAGUAGAAAGUACCGCACAAUGGCCUGAUGAGCCCUAUAACGAGAAGUUGGAAAGAGUUUCUGAGCAGCCACCAGACUCAGUAGAAAGUACUGCACAAUGGCCUGAUGAGGCCUAUAAUGAGAAGUUGGAAAGAGAUUCUGAGCCGCCACCAGACUCAGUAGAAAGUACCACACAAUGGCCUGAUGAGCCCCAUAACGAGAAGUUGGAAAGAGAUUCUGAGCCGCCACCAGACUCAGUAGAAAGUACCGCACAAUGGCCUGAUGAGCCCUAUAACGAGAAGUUGGAAAGAGUUUCUGAGCAGCCACCAGACUCAGUAGAAAGUACUGCACAAUGGCCUGAUGAGGCCUAUAAUGAGAAGUUGGAAAGAGAUUCUGAGCCGCCACCAGACUCAGUAGAAAGUACUGCACAAUGGCCUGAUGAGCCCUAUAACGAGAAUUUGGAAAGAGAUUCUGAGCCGCGACCAGACUCAGUAGAAAGCACUGCACAAUGGCCUGAUGAGCCCUAUAACGAGAAGUUGGAAAGAGUUUCUGAGCUGCCACCAGACUCAGUAGAAAGUACUGCACAAUGGCCUGAUGAGCCCUAUAAUGAGAAGUUGGAAAGAGAUUCUGAGCCGCCACCAGACUCAGUAGAAAGUACUGCACAAUGGCCUGAUGAGCCCUAUAACGAGAAUUUGGAAAGAGAUUCUGAGCCGCGACCAGACUCAGUAGAAAGCACUGCACAAUGGCCUGAUGAGCCCUAUAACGAGAAGUGGGAAAGAGUUUCUGAGCUGCCACCAGACUCAGUAGAAAGUACUGCACAAUGGCCUGAUGAGCCCUACAAUGAGAAGCUGGAAAGAGAUUCUGAGCCGCCACCAGACUCAGUAGAAAGUACUGCACAAUGGCCUGAUGAGCCCUAUAACGAGAAGUUGGAAAGAGAUUCUGAGCCGCCACCAGACUCAGCAGAAAGUACUGCACAAUGGCCUGAUGAGCCCUCUAAUGAGAAGUUGGGUAUACAUGAUGAGCCCUCCAAUAAGGAAUGUUUGGCAACCACCUCUAUCUUUGCAGAAUAUUGUCGUUUGAGAGCAUCACUUAGUGUUGGCCUUAUGAAAGUAAUGCCCUUAAAAACAGGACCAUUUCCGAUCAAAACAGCCUUUAUCGUUACAGGCCCACCGAAGAAAAGGGCCUUUACUGAACGGAAGGUGUGUCCUAUUAAGGCAGCCUUCAUAGUCACAGGGCCUCCAAAGAUAAGAGCAUUUACUCCAAAGAAGGUCUGA